GGCUUCCUCUUCCGCUGCUGUACUCUGAAGGUAGCAGCGGCGAUGGGCGUGACAAUGGAAUGCUGCUUCAGCUCGGGGAAGAUGGCCUCUGUCUGGUGCUCCGUCCUCCUGGGCCUCGCCAUGGCCGUUCUUCCGGUUCACUGUCAGUCCACAGACGCUCUCGGUUUCAUAAGCAUCGACAACGGUAUAGCCCCUGGCACCACCUACAUCGACCCGAAGACCAACAUAACCUACGUUUCUGACACCGGAUUCAUCGACACCGGAGAAAACCAUAACAUCUCCGGGGCAUACGUGGCGAACGGCAUGGCAAGACGAUGGCUGAGCCUGAGAAGCUUUCCCAGCGGGACUCGCAACUGCUACAGGAUCACGUCCAUCACCAAGGGCUCCAAGUAUCUUGUGCGAGCGUGGUUUAUGUACGGGAACUACGACGGCAUGAACACGCAGCCACUGCUGUUCGAUCUCUACCUGGGCGUCAAUCUCUGGGCGAACAUGAACAUCACCGGCCCCGACCUAACGUAUACCAUCGAGGUCAUCACGGUGGCCUCAUCUGAUGUCUUCUCGGUGUGCCUGCUGAACACCGGGCAUGGGACUCCGUUCAUAUCGGGGCUGGACGUGAGGCCAUUGAAGGACAUGCUUUACCCAGCCGUGAACGCCUCUCGCAGUCUGGUCCUCUUCAAGCGGCUUAACAUGGGACACAAGGGUACCUAUGUCAGGUACCCGGACGAUCGCCAAGACCGCCUCUGGGAGCCGUGGAGCUUGCCCAUAUGGACCGACAUCUCCACCACUUCCACCGUCGAGAAUCUCUCGGAGGACUACUUCGAGGCCCCCUCUGCCGUCAUGCAGACGGCCGUCACCCCCGUCAACUCCACCACGCUGCUCCUCUCCUGGGAUCCCUAUCCCGGCGACGUCAACCAGUACUUCCCCAUCUUGCACAUCUCCGAUUUCCUCAAACUCUCCGGGACCAACGUCUCGCGGCAGUUCUACGUCUACGUCAAUGGGAUCCAGUGGCUGGGAAACCCCAUGACCCCGGACUACCUCUUCUCCGACGCCGUGUACAGCAUCCACCCCCUCGGCCAGUUCCUUUCCUACAACAUCACACUUGUGGCGCUGAGCAACUCCACCCUUCCGCCCAUCCUCAACGCCUUGGAAAUCUUCUCGACCUUGAGUAACGCCAACGUGCCGUCGAAUGAUGACGAUGUUAAUGCCAUGAUGGCAAUCAAGGCAUGGUAUAAGAUUAAGAGAAAUUGGAUGGGAGAUCCAUGUACUCCGAAGGCAUUUACUUGGGAUGGACUAAACUGUACUUUUAGCGUCUCAAUUCCUCCAAGGAUCACUACUUUGAACCUAUCAACAAGUGGAUUGACUGGUGAAAUAACCAAGUCUUUUGCCAGCCUUGGUGCAAUUGAAUAUCUGGACUUGUCUUACAACAACUUAACAGGGACAAUACCUGCUGUUCUAGCGGAAUUAACUUCCCUCAAACUCCUAGAUCUGACAAGGAACCAGUUAAAUGGAUCGAUUCCUUCUGCCCUCCUUGAGAGAUCACAAAAUGGAUUUCUUACCUUAAGAAUUGAGGGAAAUCCAUAUCUUUGUGAGAAUGGAACUUCAUGCAAGGUGACGCCAUCAUCGAAAAAGAAGAAGAUAACGACACCUGCAAUUGUUAUUCUUUGUAUAGUUCCUGUUACAAUAGUGCUCAUGGUGAUCCUCAUAAUCUGCAGGCUGAAGCGACAAGGCUCGAGAAAAGGUACCUCUGUGAAGCCUCAGAAUGAAGGUUUCUCCAACCAAGUAAAGGACCAUCGUCAUGAUCCAUUGCAACUUGAGAACCGACAAUUCACAUACAUGGAGUUAAAGAACAUAACUAAUAAUUUUCAAAAGGUCCUAGGCAAAGGAGGAUUUGGCACUGUCUUCUAUGGUUGUUUGGAGGAUGGGACUGAAGUUGCAGUCAAGAUGCGAUCCCAAGCAUCAUCACAAGGGACUGACCAGUUUCUUGCUGAGGCCCAGCACCUGACAAGGGUUCAUCACCGGACUUUAGUUUCUAUGGUUGGCUACUGCAAUGAUGGAGACUAUCUGGCACUUGUAUACGAAUAUAUGGCUCAGGGAACCCUACAAGACCAUCUACAAGGAAGGACACACAGUACCAGACCUUUAAGUUGGCGACAGCGUCUCCUGAUUGCAGUUGAGGCUGCAGAAGGACUGGAGUAUUUGCACAAGGGAUGCAAACCAGCAUUAAUUCACAGAGAUGUGAAGACAGCAAAUAUCCUAUUAAGUGAGAAGCUGGAGGCCAAGAUAGCAGAUUUUGGCCUCUCAAAAGCUUUUCAAAGUGAGGUCAAUACUCAUGUAUCCACGGCAGUCGUGGGAACCCCAGGAUACCUUGAUCCAGAGUACUACAAUACCUUCCAGAUCAGUGAGAAAAGCGAUGUGUACAGCUUUGGGGUGGUUCUUUUGGAGCUGAUCACAGGGCAACCUCCAAUUGUACAAAGUGCAGAGCAUGCACAUAUAGUUCAAAGGGUGCGCCAAAGGCUUGGCCGAGGAAAUAUUGAGGAUGUUGUCGAUGCCAAGCUGCAAGGGAAUUAUGAUGUCAAUUCUGUGUGGAAGUGUGCUGAUAUCGCACUGAAAUGCACAUCACAAGCGUCCCAUCAGAGGCCAACCAUGGCAGAUGUUGUGAUGCAGCUGAAAGAGAGUUUGGAACUAGAGACUUCUCCUGAUAGAACUGAGAACCUAGUUACAUGCAGUGAGAACCUAUACACAGAAGUCAGCAACAUAAGCGAUACCAACAGUGCACUUGAAAUAGAAAAUAUUGCAAGAAUGUCUGACGUUUGUGGUCCAUCGGCAAGAUGAUGUAGGAAUCACUUAUCACUUCCCUCUUAAUGCUUUGUGCUUCCAGCUGGAAGGUGUUCAAAAUGGUUUUUGGUUGAAGUUUGGUCUUGGCUAUUCUACAUAUAUCCAAAAUAAGUCAUUGUUUAUCUGAACGAUCAGAACAUUCAAGUGCUAGUGUGAACAGUACGUGCACAGUUGUUAUGUUCUUGUUGUAUAUGGUUGAAAUUAUAAUUCUCUGCCAUAUUGUAUCUUUGCAAUGUGCAUAUGACUGAAGAAAACUUGAUACUAUAUGUUUUUUGUAAAUUGGAGGUCACAAAGCUAAUUUCUACCAUGGAAGUGGUUGUCACA